CGUCCUCCAGUACACUUUCAAAAGCUCAUGAUGAUUCUGAUCUGCUGGUACUUUCAGGACCCCGUAUUCUAUAGUUUUAUCAACUUCUCGGCAUUAUUCAAAAGCUCGGUUCCAAAUAUUCUUAUGCGAAAAAAUUGCUCCAGACGCUGCCUCACAGUGGUGAAGUUGAAGUUUGUUAGGUUCAGCUCGGUCGAACUUCUCACUGUAGUCUCAAUUCAAGUCGCUGGAUGGGAUUUGUGGAGAUGACGCAGAAUUGGAGACUUUGGCUCCAAGAAGGCUCGAAUGUUUCCGUAUAUGGGACGGUGUUGUUUGUGAUGUUCACAACAUCGUGUAUCUUACACGUUCUAUCGGCGAUUGAACGAAGGAAGAAGCUGCCUCCGGGUCCUUGGCCAUGGCCUUUUAUCGGCAAUUUGGGUGUUGUCCUCCGGAAGACGGGUGCAAGGCACAAGUUUUUACAGGCGCUGGGUGCAAAAUACGGAGGCCUCAUGUACCUCGGGUUGGGACAAAUUCCUUGUCUCGUGGUUUCUUCCGUUGCGGUAGUUGAGUCCAUGUUUAAGAGUCACGAUGCAACAUUCUCGGACCGGCCUCAGACAUACUUCAGGAAAGUUCAAUACGGAGAUUCUGCCAUGAGAAGUCUGUCAAGUGCUGGUUAUGGGUCAUACUGGCGCCAAGUACGACGCAUGUGCAACACGGAGCUCUUCUCCCCAGGUACCCAUGCCUCUCAGGAAGGAGUGAGGAGAGAAGAGAUUCAGAACAUGCUGGACGUCCUUGUGCAUGAAUGCAAGCGAAGGAAACCCAUCGACCUCGGGGACUGGCUUUUUGGGGUUUCUACCAACAACAUGACUCGAAUGCUUAUCAACAAAAGAUACUACGGAACUGGAGCAGAAAUUCCGGAAAAAAAGGAAGAAUUUCAAGGGAUGGUGAAAAGCAGGACGAGAGCAGCAGGGACCUUUGUAAUCAGCGACUUCAUUCCAUCCUUGACCUUCAUUGCAAAGCUACAAGGAUUGCCUAAACGGUUUCGUGAGAGUCAUGAAUCGGCAAAGGCACAAAUGGAGAGUGUUCUGGAUGUGGAGGAGCACAGGAAGAAUGCUAUUGCAAGGGCUUCAGUGGAUAUCAAGUCUGAGUAUUCGCCAGAUUUUGUAGAUGUGUUGUUAAAAGCGCCGUUGGACGAUGGCCAGCCACUUGCAGAUUCAGACAUCAAGUUUUUGCUCACGGACCUCAUGAUCGCUGGAACAGAGACGACUGGGAUUACAGUGGAAUGGGCCAUGGUAGAGCUCAUGCUCCGUCCAGAAUUGCGGAAGCAAGCUCAGGAGGAGAUUGACGCAGUGGUGGGUGCAGAUCCUGAGCGGUUUGUGCAGGAGUCCGACAUCCAGAAACUGCCAUUCCUAGUAGCGAUUCUGAAGGAAACCUUCCGUGUUCAUCCUGUUGCCCCUCUCAACGUCAUGCGAUCUUCUUACGAACCUUGUGAGUUUGCUGGAUACUAUUUGCCAGCUCAAACAAGGUUGAUAGUGAACCAAUAUGCGAUACAUCGGGAUCCAAGUGUGUAUGAAAACCCAGACAAGUUCGAGCCCAGAAGGUUCAUGGAGAAUCCGGAAGUGAACCCCCUCUCUGGUCGCGAUUCCUACCAGCUGAUUCCAUUUGGAGUGGGUCGGCGGAUGUGUCCUGCCUCCAAUCUGGCAUUCACCAUGGCCUUGUUGAUGUUGGCCAAUCUUCUGCACACUUUUGACUGGUCGUUUCCUGAUGGCGUUACUGCAGACAACUUCGAUGUGUCGGAGGAGUUUCUGGGGACUGUGCUCCGCAAAAAGACCCCAACAAUUUUGAUGGCUAAACCGAGGAGCCAUGUGCAAUGACACAAAUCUUACAGAGCUUGAACCACGAGUUCUACACAACCUGAGGGAGCUACACACACUCUGCAGCCAAGGUUCUUCUCCGGAGACCUUUUAAGCUAGAUCUUGCUAGAGGUGCCGUGUCCACUUUUCAAUGAUGUUAGUAUAGAUAACAAAAGUAUACUUUCGGGAAUGAGCUUGAAUUUAUCCAGUACACAUGUAUAUAUGUGUGUAUGUGUGUGUAUAUAUGUAAAUAUAUUUUUACAUACAAUUUACCUCUUCAACCUCCGUUGCUUGAUA